UGCGUCGCGUUCAGAAGACGAUCGCUGCAGCUCUCUGAUGUUGUUUCUGCUCCGCUGACGUCACUUGCGCGAUUUCGUACUCUUUGACGCGGUUUUGUGCAGGCACAGAGUCGCAUAUUUAUAUGGCAAAAUACAGACAGGGUAAAAAUGCCAAGUAUGCUGAGAACGUUGUCGACGAUGAUGAUGACGUGCCUAUCUUUGCGCGAAGGGUUUGCGAUACAACCAAAGAGAUAGACCAACCGAUUCAUGCUUCUACGUUUCCGCUAGAUGGGAAGCCGUUCAGCGCUAUCAAUGCUGACCUUGUCCCACCUUUCAUAGAUGAUCCAAAAGAGUUCUUUGACGAGUUCGGUUUCCGAAAAAAAGAUGAAACACCUUGUUCUUCUGCUGAAGGCAAUGACAUCGAGAACAGCUCACACAGGAUGCGCUUUGUCGCCGCAAUCGAGUUUGCUCAUCCCAAUGUGAAGGAUGAACUAGUAUGGUCCAAAGUGGAUUUGGAUUCGCUCCGAUGCGAAAAGAUCGAGGAGCUGAUCAAGGAAGGAGGCAUACCCCACUCGAUGCGCCCAUACUUAUGGCCUCGAUUUGCUGGAGCUACGAGAAAGCGACUUGCUGCCGGAUAUUCCUACGAGGAGGUUCUGCGACAAUCUGCUCAGGACAAACCUUCCAUAGGAGUACAGAUCGAAAGAAGUCUGCUUCGUACUUUGCCCAAUAAUAUUUGUUUCUGGAAAAAGAAUGGUGCCGGAAUUGAUGCGUUGCGAAGAGUGCUGAAGGCCGUAGCUUUCAUAUAUCCGGAUUUAGGUUUCUGUGAGGGAAUGGGGGUGAUUGUGGCUGUCCUUCUACUUUUUUGCUCCGAAGAGACCACAUUCUGGAUGAUGACUGCCUUAAUUGAAGAUAUUUUACCACCUAAUUAUUACAGCCAAACACUGCUUGGCGUGCAAGCAGACGAAAGAGCCACUAGACACCUGAUGAAGUCCCAUGUACCCGAUCUCAAUAAAAUCCUUGAUGAGUUGGAUGUGGAGGUGUCACUAGUCACAGUCAACUGGCUACUCACACUUUUUGCAUCCGUAUUCCCUACACGAACAUUGCUACGAGUUUGGGACUCUCUUUUCUUUACGGGAAGCGUGAGCAUAUUCCGGGUAAUUAUAUCGAUAAUGAAGAUGAAAGAGGAUGAGAUAGUUGAACUAGGAAGAACCUCCAAGUCUUCGGCUGAUCUCUUCAACGCUAUCAGUCAGCUACCCCAAUCUGUGACUGAGGUUGACAAGCUCACAGAGUAUAUGACAUCUUUCGAAUUUACCAUCACGGAUCACCUUAUUAACGAGCUUCGUAAGAAGCACCAGGCUAUACUGAUGGCGGACCAAGGCAUGAUUGUGAAUACGACUACGGACACGAAUCUGCCGAAACAGAAGAUACAGAGAAGGAAACUGGCCAGGUCGAAGAGCAUAAUACAGCAGAUUUUUCAUUCGAAAGACGGAGCUGACGACCCGAAGUUAAAAAAUGUGCGACAAACGGAAAUACUCGUAGAUCUCAAGGAUUCAGUCCUGCAAAUAUGCCGCUAUUUCAUCAGCUGUGAUGAGAAGAUGGAAUUGAAUAUUUCUACGAAGGCGGACUACAGUCCGGAAUCGCAUGCGCACGACAUCGACAAUUUCCUUGCCGGGCGCCGUGAAGGCCAUAAAAGAGCUAGAGCACUACUUGAUUUCGCACGGCAGGACGAGGAUGAACUCGGAUUCAGGAAGAAUGACAUCAUAACGAUAAUAUGCGAAAAGGAUGAACACUGUUGGGUCGGUGAAGUCAACGGUCUUCGAGGAUGGUUUCCGGCGAAAUUCGUGGAGGUAGUCGACGAACGAGGCAAAAAUUACACCGUCUAUGGAGAUGAGGCUGUUUCGCCAGAGAUCACCGAAUACAUCCGAGGUCGACUAGCUAAUAGCUUCCGACAAGUAAUGGACCAUGGAAUUAUGGAAAGUGUUUUGUAUCCGUCAACCGCUUACCACCCUUGGUCUUUCAUAGAGGACAUAGCUUACUACUCAGUAGAAAAGCACUUCAACUCUGUAUACUCUCGCUUGACGCUGUGCAACACUUUCAAACUGGACCAGGAUGGCAAAAUACUUACUCCAGAGGAGUUACUUUUUCGAUCUGUUCAAAUGAUCAACGACUCGCACAACGCCGCAAACGCACAUCCAGACGUGAAACUGAGGUCACUUCUUGUUAUGGGUGUUAACGAGCAGUGUCUGCACUUGUGGUUUGACUUGUUCUGCUCGUCUGAGCAGCAGGAACCCAUCAGGAGCAAAUAUUACCAUCCGUGGGCGUUUAUACGGACACCAGCAUGGCGACAGAUAAAAUGUGAUCUGCGGCUCCUCAGCCAAUUCUCAUUCAAUCUCAACGUUGACUUUGAAAUUGAGGGAAUGGAGAAGAAAAAGAAGACAGCGCCUGGAAUGAUGACCAGUAUGAAAAAGAAAAUCAUGUCUACAGUGAUGACUGGCGAACAUAAACAGAAUGGUGAAGAACCGUUGAAGAAGGGCGUCACUGAUAUGCUUAUAAAGCAUCAUUUGUUUAGUUGGGAUUUGUAGAUAUCAGUGUGUCAACGGAUGUUAGUCAGCUCAGCUCUAUGACUUUCUGUGAUCUUUCGUAUCUCGCGUUUGUCAGCAUAUACUUAGUUCAUUCUGUUUUAUUAGAUUGUCCCGUAAGUCUUUUCAUAUUCGAACCUUCAAAUUGAUAUCUCUCAAAAACUAGGGCACCUACAAGCAUGCAAAUUUAUAGCAGCAUAUCUGAGUGGAUAAGCUAUAUAUUCAUGCAUUUGGGCACACCCGCUACAGGC